AUGAUCGAGCGUGUCUGCCUUCGACGGCGUCUCGCCUCCUCAACCUACCAUCCAUCGUCACCACUAGAGGGAAAUGAUCUUUCCCAGGAGACCCUAGCUGAUCAAAAGAUUGCCGUUUUUGGGGGAAACUCUCCAUCUUUGGAUGACGUCUGUCGACAUGUUGCAUCAAAGGAAAACGAAAAAGGAUCCUUGCCUUUCUUCGUCAUGUCAAUCCCUAGAUUGCAACAAGCUAUCAAGCAAUGGAGUGAGAGGAUGAUCAGAGUCAAACCAUUCUACUCUCUCCGUUGCAACGCGGAUCCCGUUCUUUGUCGUCUUUUGGCCGAUCAUCCAAAUGAAAUGUUCAAUUUCGAGGCUCAAGACGCGCAUCUCCUCGAAAAGGCUCUCGAUCUUGUCCCACCCGAUCGAAUCCUUUACUCAAACCCAUGUCUCACUCGAAAAGCCCUCAAACACGCUGAUGAGGUUCAGGUGGGAACGAUCAUCAUCGAGUCGGAAAGAGAUCUCCUCAACGCUAUCAGCUAUGCGCCGAAUGCAAAAUUGCUCAUUCGCGUUUGUAUGAUGUCAUAUUUGAAUUGUUUUUCGAAUGAUGUUGAGACUCGAUUUGGUUGCUCAUUUCAAGAAGCACGAGAUAUUCUAUUGAUUGCAUCAGAGUUGAGAGGAAAAGUCAUCGGAAUCAGCUUCAACAUGGAUGCAAACGCAAAUCCAUCUCUCUACUACAAAGCGCUUCGUUCUGUGAAAGAGUUGAUGGACGAGGGUGAAAGAGUUGGAUUGACAAUGCGGACGAUUUGUUUAGGCGGUGGAUUCGAUGGAGAGAAGAGAAACGAUUUCAAUGAGUUGAGUGAUAUCAUCAAUGAUUCGAUGGAUUCCCUCUUCCCAUCGUCGAUUGAUUUCAUCUGUACUCCUGGCCGUUUCUUCGCCAGUCCCGCAUUCAAUCUCUGCACAACCGUGAUCGCAAAACGAUCUACUGAAGCUCAAGUGCUUACAAAUGAUGAUUUCGAUUCGGGUUUUGGUUUCAUCUAUCAAAUCAAUGAGGGAAUCUAUGGCUCGUUUGGAUGUCGUUUAGACAAUUGUAAUCCAAAAUGUCGACCAUUAGACAGCCUUCCACAUCAUUUCGAGCAAUUCCCCGCGAAAAUCUUAGGACCAAAUGUUGAUGGCACUGACGUUGCUCAACCAUUGACCUUUCUCCCACAGCUUUCCAUUGGUGAAUGGCUUGUUUGGGAUCAAAUGGGCGCAUAUUCGAUGCCAUAUGAUGGAGAGACACCCCAACUACCUGUCUACUAUUAUGAUUCAAAAAAAGCAUGGGAUGAUCGGCACUCUCCAAAAAAUCCCUUGAAAAGAAUCGACUCAGACUCGGGCCUGGGAUCCGAUGCCGGCUCCGAGCCUCCAUCCGAUUCCGAGGAUUGGGGAGACGACGAAGAUCAAGAGAAUCUCAGCCCAUAUUUCCAUCGUUUCUUCCACCAAAUUCAGAGACAAUUU